UAAUGAUAUCAUGUAUAAUUUGAUGAUAAUAGAUUUUGUAUUCUUCCUCUGAAGCCAUAACCUAACCUUAAAAGGCUAAAACCUUUUGUGUUUGCGCCGCUCUAAAGCCAAGCCUGAGACUCGCGACUCACCACCACUGCUCGCCGGCCUCUAAUUUUGAAAGCUUCUGCGCCUCCCACGCCAUUUUUGAUACUCUCUUUGUGUUCGCAUAGUGAGAUAUGGGGAAGAAGGCGAAGAAAGCUAUGAAGAAGAAUUUGAAAAGGGCUUCCUUUAAUAAGAAUCCAUCUGAGGAUGCUGAUUUCUUGCCCUUGGAAGGUGGCCCUGCUCGUAAGCUCGCCGGCCAGCAGAAGCCGCCGCCGCCGCCGGAGAACACCGCCACGGUUUUGUACGUCGGUCGGAUCCCACAUGGGUUCUAUGAGAAGGAGAUGGAAGGUUAUUUUGGGCAAUUUGGAACCAUUAAGAGGUUGAGAAUCGCAAGAAAUAAAAAGUCUGGAAAAUCAAGACAUUUUGGGUUCAUAGAAUUUGAAUCUCCCGAGGUAGCAAAAAUUGUGGCUGAUACUAUGCAUAAUUAUCUCCUUUUUGAACACCUUCUCCAAGUUUAUGUGAUACCUCCAGAGCAUGUUCAUCCAAGAAUAUGGAGAGGAUUCAAUUACCAUUACAAGCCAUUGGAUUCUGUCCAAAUUGAACGGAAGCGUCAUGACAAGGAUAGAACAUUGGAAGAGCACAAGAAGUUGGUGGAGAAGGUUCUGAAACAUGACCAAAAACGACGUAAAAGGAUAGAGGCUGCUGGGAUUGAUUAUGAAUGCCCUGAGAUUGUGGGUAACAUCCAACCUGCUCCAAAGAAAAUAAAGUUUGAAGACUGAGUGGGUAACCUGUCUCAUCAUCUUUAAAAGAUGAUUUUUCUGCAUAUCCUGAAAGGUACUAGAGAACUUAAUCAAAGUGAGGUUGUUUUGUUACCUUUCUUCCCUUAGAUGUGUUAGAGUAAAACUGCUACUGCUGUUUUAGGACUUAGUAUUAGCAUUUAACUAUUGUCAAGCCUUUGCAAUUUUGGGACUUAAUUCUGAAACCUUGUGUUCUCAGAAAUAUUUUAUAGAAGCAUUAUCCGUUUCUUAAUAUUUUUCCCAGGAGGGUAGAUUGUUAAGAUUGCCAAUCUGUUGAAAUUGAAUUCUAAAGAUAGAUAAAAUUCCUUGAGGGGUUUGACCA